CCGUGCUUGGUAUGAAUUCUCAACCUUUCAAUAACCAUCUUUGCCACCGUCAGACGCUGUGUCGCACAAGGGCCUUAAAUGCUCCUCACGCUGCCCUUUCACCCCCCCGGCCGCCUACUCCCCGCGCCUGCCGCGGGGGUUCUGCGGCAGCCCGCGGCCCGUCUGCUCCUCCCCCGGUGCGGUCGCUGCCGGGCCGCCGCCCCCUUGUCGCCACGGCCGUGCCCGUCAGCCGGAAGGGCGGGCGGAAGGGGCGGGACGGCACGGCUGAGGAGAUGGUGGCCACCAGGCGCGCGGCGGCGUGGCGGAGGGAGCGGGGGCCGCGGGUUGCGGCAGGCACCGGCAGCCCCGGCCCCCACGGGGCCGAGCCCCCUGACGAGGCGGAGAUUGCAUCUGCUGAAAUUGAUACUCCUGUGUCUAUGAGGAUGACUAGAAGAAGAACUAAAUCAAUUUGUAAGCCAGAGGUAAUUCAGGAGUCUCAGUUUGAAGAGUUGAAACAUGCAGAAACAAAGUCUGAUGUUAGUGAUGGGUUAGAGAUGCACAUUAUUAGAAAUGAGAACACAACUGCUCCUUCAGCACAAUCAAUUAUUGAACCGCAAACUGAUGGGGAUGUAUCAGAAACAGAAUCAAACUGCUCUGCUGUCUCUGGUUUUCAGACACCUUUGUUAGUAAGAGUAACAAGACGUCGACAAAUUGUACUUCCUUGUCAGACAGAUUCUCCUGACAAAAAAAGACGUGACAAGACAGCCUUAACUUUUCUAAACAAAUUAAGCAAGAUUCUGGAUGACGAUGAUGUUUCUGAAGCUGAGUCUCGUUCUUCCGCUGUUUCUGGUGUCCAGAUGCCUAAUGUUAUCAGAACUAUGAGAAGCAGGCAAAGCAAAAAGAAAUUUCAGCCGGAUACAGUUUGUGAAGCCCCGAGUGAAGAUACUUCUGAUGCAGAGUCAUGCUGUUCUCGUAUGGAACCACCCAUCCCUACCAAACGAAUUACUAGGAGCAUGCACAUGAAAUCACAAGCAGAAAAUGCUAAGCAGUCUGAGAAGGGAAACAGAAUUGUUUCAGAAGAUGAGACUUUAAUUGAGGACAUUGUUAAAUCUGAGCCAGUAAUAAUUUCCGACUCUGGACCUGCUGCAGAACUUGUCUCUGAUGCAGAAAAUGCUUCCUUUAUAACUGAAUGUAGUAAAGAGCCCAGUGCACCUAAAAGCGAAUGUUCCUCCAAAUCUGCCAAUGCAACCUGUAAAGAAGAGGUUUUGAGUGAUGUGACACCCCACAGUCUUACAAAAAUGAAACGAUGUGACACUGAAUCGCGAGGAAAAAAAGCAAGUAAAAAUACCCAGUCUGUUGGGGUAGAUGAUUCAGAGGAAGCAUGUGGCCACAUUCAAGAAGAACAAGGUAAAAUACUUGUGAGAGAGGGAAAGUCAGAGCAUUCAGAUCUUUCUUUGACUGAUUGCCUGAGCCCUAAACAAUUUUUGGAAUCCAGAGGGCAGAUAACACCAAGUGAAAGUAAAAAUAUUCCAGAAUGCAAAAGAGCAGAUACUGAGGCAGAUGCACAGCAGUCUCCCACCCGCACGGAUAAAUUAAGGAAGGUUGAGCAAGCUGGUACAGUGAGCAACCCACAGAAGGCUGUUGCUCAAAGAACUAGUAGUGUUGGUAGACGCAGCGUGCUUGAAAUUGGUGUGGAGAGUGGUAGAGGCCAAACAGGAGAAUAUAGUGAAUCUGUAUCCCGCAGCACUGAAAACAAUUCUGUUGCCUCAUUUCUGAGCCAAGGUGAAAGUGAUGAAUCUGAAAAUGGUGACGUGGCGGACAUAGGUACAGCUGAAGAGAAUCUGUGUAAUAAAGAGGCAGAUGAGAGGAUUCCUUCCUUCAGCAAAUCUUUAAAAAACACUUCAUUGCAUGCUGAAGGGCUAUUUGUAAUUGAUACUGAGCCUGGCAUGAGAGCCAACCAAAAGUAUUACCUAGAUCAGGUAGACCGAGAUAGUGACGCUGAAAGUAAGUAUGAAGGAAGUGAAAAAGGUGAAGAAUCUUCAGAUCUGGAAGAAGCUGAAGAAGAAUUGAUAGACGAAGAUGAGAAAGAUCAAGAUGAUGAUUUGUUGAAAAGUAAGACUGACGUUUUACAUCUUUCUAGCAGCAUAGACCCUGGUUUGAAUAUCAAGAAGCUUGGAGGUUUAUAUAUUAGUUUUGAUACAAAAACCUCAAAGCCUGGAUUGAAUGCAAGUGAACGACUGAAGGACAAAAAGAAGGACCAGCUCUUGCAGAGAAGUAUAAUAACCCCAGAUUUUGAAAAAAAGGAAUGUGUCCCACCUUUCAGGGAAUCGCUUCACCAGCUGAAGAAACAGCGCAGGGCAGAGCGAGAGAAAACAACAGGUGACGGUUGGUUUGGUAUGAAAGCCCCAGAAAUCACAAGUGAUCUGAAAAACGACCUUAAAGUUUUGAAGAUGAGAGCUUCAUUGGACCCUAAGCAUUUUUAUAAGAAGAAUGAUAGAGACGGUCUGCCCAAAUACUUCCAGGUUGGAACUGUGGUUGAUUCUCCCAUAGACUUUUACCACAGUCGAAUCCCAAAGAAACAAAGGAAGAGAACAAUCGUUGAAGAGCUGCUGGCAGAUUCCGAGUUUAGAAGAUAUAAUAAAAAGAAGUAUCAGGAGAUCAUGAGUGAAAAAGCAGCUUUUGCAGCAGGGAAGAGGAAUCGGAAGAAGAAGAAAUUUCACAAUUGAGACUUGAAGGAAAAUAACAAGCUGGAACAACUUAUUUGUUAUAAAACCUUUUACAGAA